UCGUUCCGCUGGAAGAAGAGGCGGAUGCUGCAUUUAGUGUGAUGUGGAUGGUACAUUUCAGUACUAGGUUGGCUGCUUUGGUCUUCUCUUCAAUCAGUGGACAGUGGCAAGCUGCUGCAUCCAAGGAAUGGAGGGAUUUGUUUCUUGAACGUGGCGAGUCGAACAUGGUGUCAUCACCGAUCGACCGCGACGAUCACGGGCGCCAUUACGCUUAUGGAUGCUUCUACUGGGAGUCCGCUGAGAUAGAGAGGAAAGAGCUGCUUGUGUUUGACACCCGGAGUAUGGAGUUCUCCAUUUCUGACCUCCCACCUGGAGAAUGUUUUUGGUCUGCGCGGGGUCUAGCCAUUGUGGAGGCAGGGGAAGGCAGGAUUGGACUGUUCGGUAUACUUAAUGAACCUAUUGAUAGUACGUUUGAUCUCAGUUAUUACAUCAAGGGAAACGCAGGUGAGAGUUCUAGCAAGUGGCAGCUAGAGAAGACUGUGUCACUUGGUUCUGCAUUCCGGUAUGAUAUCAAAGCUGCAACUGGAACGUACCUGCUCCUAGGAAUGAUUCGAUCCCUGCGGAUUCCAUACCUGCGGUUGGUAGACUCAGAUCCGCAGAUGCCAGAAUGGGAAUAUAUCUCAGUUGAUGUCAAGACGCUGCGGCUUGACAGGGUUUGUAGUAAUUCUUCUGAGCAUCCCUAUUCCACGAAGUGGAUAUAUACCAACUUCCCGCCAUCCUUGUCUUCACCGAAAAUAUAAAGUGAUCAAUCAAAUUAAUUAAGGACCGAUGCAUGAUGGAAACCGGCCACAACAAGGAGAUCACAGAUCGAGAGGAG